ACUGUUCUAGUCGUGAUCUUUUCAUUAAUAUAACUGAUGUGCCAGUAUUCAACUGCUGUGCCAGUUUUCAAUCACUGCAAUAUACAAGAGGAUAUUACAUCAAAGAAAUCAUCAUGAAUGCUUAUAUUUUCGUUCUGGCUUUUGCUCUCACACAGAUCAACACUAUUUCAGGUUUUGUAAUUCCUAAAAGUGAAAUCCCAACUCCUAUACCUCUUGUGAUAGCUAGUAAAUUUACUGAGAAAAUAAAGUUUGACCACACUACAAGACCAUACAAUGAAAUGGAGAUGUUAAAUGCAACAUGCCCAAAUGUACGACCAAUGAAUGCAACCAAAGCAUGCAAUGAAACCAGGGAAUGCCGCAUAGAUGAAACCUGUUGCCUCUUUGUCACCAAAAAGUUUUGUGUUUCAAAUCCUUACUUUUGUACAUACAAUGGAAUUAAAGUGAAUAGAGGUACAACAAUAUUACUUGAUGAUAAGUGCACUGAAUGUGAUUGCCAAGGAAAUAAUAAAUACUUAUGCACUAAUGAUGCCUGUUCCGGGAAAACGAAAUUCGUUUCAAUUGCAAAAUCAUGUGAAUAUGAAAACAACGUGCAUACUGGCGGAAAGUUUUUCAAUAGUUCUGAUGGUUGCAAUCUCUGCUACUGUGAUCCAACAGGUUAUGCAAUCUGCACAGUGAGACAUUGUUCUAAGAAGAAAUCAACUUGUAACUUCAAUGGCCUUAUAUACAAUGAAGGACAAAGUUUCAAAAUGGGUUGUAAAGAAUGUGUAUGUAAACGUGAUGGCAGUGUUAAAUGUGUUGAUGUAAAUUGUAACCAGCUGAGCAAUCAAUGCACUUUCAAUGGAAAGACAUAUAAGAAGGGAGAAAUUUUUAAGAAGGACUGCAAUACAUGUGUCUGCAAUCAAUUAGGUAGUGUGAAUUGUACUGAACUAGACUGCAAAAGCCAACCACAAUAUUGCAUAUACAAUGGAAAGAAGUAUAGGCCUCUGGAGACAUUUCACUCUCUUUGUAAUGCUUGUGUUUGUAAUGCAGAUGGCAAUGUGAGCUGUGUAUACAAAUGCCACAACACUUGCACACAUCAAGGCAAAUUUUAUAAAGUCAAUGAGGUAUUUAAAAACGGUUGUAACUCAUGUACAUGUCUUAGUACAGGUAAUAUUGAAUGUACGACUAAAAUAUGUAAGUGCACUCAUAACAAUAUCAAUUAUAAAGUUGGCGAAUCAUUUCAAACAAAGCUUAUUGUUUGCACUUGUCAAGAUAAUGCUAGCUUCUACUGUGCAAAUAAAAACACCACCUGUAAUUAUAGAGGCACUAUUUAUUCAGCAGGUGAGUCCUUUAUGGACAAUUGUAAGACUUGUCAAUGCAAAACGGAUGGAACUGUGAGUUGCAGCAACAGAUCAUGUGUCUGCAUUUAUAAAACAAAAAUGUAUUCAGCUGGCCAAAAUUUUACAGAUAACUGCAAUACAUGCGUCUGUAAAGCUGAUGGUGCUGUAAACUGUUCUAAUAGCACAUGUGUAUGCAAGCUUAAUGGAGUAACAUACCAAACUGGAGAAAGCUUUAAAGAUAAUUGUAACACUUGCAUCUGCAAAGCAGGUGGCAAGAUUCACUGCAACAGUACUCCUUGUAUAUGUAAAUAUAAGGACGAAAUUUAUCAAUAUAGAGAAAUAUUUAGGGACGGUUGUAAUGUUUGCCGAUGUGAAAUGAAUGGCAUGGUCCAAUGCAGUAAAAGGUCUUGCCAUUGUCAAUACAGAAAUGUCACGUAUAAAAUUGGAGACACAUUUAAAGAUGAUUGUAACGAUUGUAUUUGUGACGUUAAUGGUUAUGUAAUGUGUACUAGAGAUUUAUGCGAGUGCAGAUAUAAUGGAAUGGUCUAUGCCAUCAAUGAUACAUUUACUGACAACUGCAAUGUAUGCAUCUGCAAAGAAACUGGUAUGGUUGAAUGUACUAAAAAUACAUCUACCUGCAUUAAUAAGGGAAUUAAGUAUCAUGUUGGAGAAACAUUCAAAGAUGGUUGCAAGAUAUGCAAAUGUCUAAAUACAGGCAAAUUUGCAUGUACCGAGACUAAAAACUGUUCUUGUAAUUAUAAGGGAAAAAGCUAUCGCAUUGGUCGAUUAUUCCCUGAUGGGUGCAAUGAAUGUAAAUGCAAAGAAAAUGGAAUUGUAGAAUGUGUCAAAAAACCAUGUAAAUGUGAAUAUAAAUGGAAGAAAUAUGAAAUCAAUGAAACCUUUGAUGAUGGCUGUUAUACAUGCCAAUGUGGAGUUGAUGCUAAAAUUUCAUGCAAAAUAACACGUGACUGUAGAUGUAGAUAUAAUGGCACAGUAUAUAACGUAGGUGAAGUUUUUAUGGAUAAUUGCAAUGUAUGUAAAUGUCAGCCAGAUAAAAGCAUUUUAUGCUCACAGACAUCAUGUCUAAGACGAUGUAAACACAAUGGUGUAAACUACAGAAUAGGAAAGAAGGUUAGAAUUCAGUGCAGGACCUGUACAUGUACAGCAAAAGGUUUCUUCUACUGUAACAAGAGUGAUUGUAAGAAAAAACAAUGUUUCUAUGGCAACAAAGCUUAUAAUCAUGGAGAAAAUUUCAACAUUGAUUGCAAUACAUGCCACUGUUUUGAUGGUAAACCAGUCUGCUCUAAAAAGGACUGCUCUCUAGAAAAUUCUUGUAACUAUUACGGAAAAUAUCACAAGCAAGGUGAAUACUUCAGAGCGAACGAUUCAUGCAAUGUGUGUUUUUGCCAUAAGAAGAUAAUAACCUGUACAAAAUAUGAUUGCUUCAAUAAUCAAAUUCCACCAUUAUAAUAUUAGUAUCUUAGAAGAGAUGAAAAUAUCAACUUAAUUUAUAUCCACACAGUAUUGUAUAUUUUGUAUAUUUUGUAAUAUAAAAUUAUUUUUAAAAACUAUGUAAAAAGAUUUUGUAUAUAUAUAUAGCAAAUAAAAACUCGAGUUAAAUCAAA